AUGUUCUUAUAACAUCAUAGAAAGGUGCCAAAUGACCCAUUUCAGACUUUAGGAGCAAAUCUAGAAUCCCUUUGUGUUCAUUUCUAAAGCCUCGCAUCAACACAUACAUCACUUUAUUUAAGACGCUGCGCUACUUGCAAGUCCCCGUGAUCUGCUAGAUUGUCAAUGAAGUUAGAAAAAAACACGUACGGGAAACCCACGGUCACGAAGAUACUCAUUCUGAAAAAGGAUCCUACCACAGACUACGACAAAUUACCACCGACCAACCAACCUGCCGUUCAGACAAAGGAACCGACCACUUUUCGCACUCUGCGUCACUCCAAAAUAGGCUAAUGUUAAUUGUAUGGCUAUUUUUUAGGGCUGUCAAAAUGAAUGGGUUAAUCAAUGCUAUAAUUAUUGUGGCUGAGAUUAAUGCGAUAAAACACUUCAACGCAGUUAAUUUAGCUUUUUAUUUACUUCUGGUGUGCGUUAACUUCUGGCACACAACUGCCUCGUGCCUGCAGUCAGAUCAGGGAGAUCAAGGCAGAGAGAGAUUUUUGCAUUGGAAGUAAAACAAACCAAGGCGCAAGAACUGUGCAUAGGACCUCCUCAAUGUGUCAAACAAGGGGGACGAGCGUCAAACGGACCACUUUAGGCACUGAUAGGGCCCGAAACAUGUUAUUAGGUGCUGGGCUACUUCCAUCUGAACAUCUACCCUGCGCAGUACACCAUCUGCAGAGGAACUCCAGUGUGGCGCUAAAAGACAGUGGUUUGGAAAACGUCCCGGCUAAAUCUCGGGAGAUUGAUGGAGAGUUGACAGCACAGCAAACUGCACACAGCAGGAAGAGUGUGUCUAGUUCAACAUGUUUGACCUGGUGAAAUUCUGCUUUGGAGAUGUUUAAAAGUGUAGUUUUGUGUUUAAAAAAGUGUAAAAAAUUGAGUUUUCUAAAUUGAUUACUCGUUAAUCGAUGGAGUGGGCUGAUGUUACAGUAACCCCCGGGCCACUUUUCCCCAAAGUCUGCUGCUGCUUCGCAUGAAAUGCCAGUGACACAUAAAAUACAGAAGUAUAGUUUGGACACGUUUUCUCAUUCAGACACUUUCAGAGAAAAGUGUCGAAACUUUUGACUGGAAAUCCACGUGGCUGACUUGUUCAGUCCUGUUGUGUGACCUGGCAACCAGUUUGUGUUUCUGAUUACAUACUCUUCAACCAUUACACACUCAAAAUAAAAUAUUUGCAUAACUACUAUUCAUAACUAUACAUAAGCACAUGUCCACUUUUUGAUAAUUAAUUUAAUCUGUUAACGAACAGGCGGCGUCACGUGAUAAAGAACUGGUAUACUUUAUAUAGACAAGACUAAACAAAAAUGUUGAUUUUUUUUAUUAUCAUUUCAAACAUUAUCUCGUUUAAAUGUUUUCAUUUCAGUGGACAUAAUGAAAGUGUUUAACACCCCAAAGCAGCACAAACAAUGUAUUUAACGUUUUUUUAACCAUGAACCCCCCGCGGAACAGAUGGUACAGUCCGAAGGUUGGUACAGUCCGUUUCCUGCACUCGGUUGCUAGGAGGCGGAGAACGCUAGAAUACAACGCAAGGAGAAGCUCUGGGUCACACGGCUCUGCUACGACACGUGAUAGUUCCUCGGGUUUUUUGGGGAAAGGGGGCAAAGCGACCAACGCGGAUCUAAUAGAGCAUUUUAAGUUCGUGUUCCCGGGGGAGUCGCAGGAGAGAGCUGCUGUCCGUAAGACUUUUAAAAGCUACGUGGACCACGUUGCUUUCGUAAAGACUGAGGGCGAAGUCAAAUAUGUCUGCCUGAAGAAAAGAUUCCGCGGUUCAGAGAGGCUCGAUCCGGAGGACCUCCUUCCCCGUUAUCCGCACGCUUCAGACGGCAGGAGUGACGCGGCAGAGGGAUCUUCGUUCAACAUGCCGGGGCCUGUGCAAACCGGUACUACAGGACCAGUUCCCACAGGUGGUGUGGGACUCAAACCCGGAGACAGGCUGGGGGAGGCCGAGGCGCUCUCCCCAGAAGUCCUGGAAGAAGGAGAACACGGUAACGUGGUGGCCAGGAGCAGAGCUCCCUCCAGACAGCUGGAGUCUGAUGAUGAUGAGGAGGAGGAGGAUGGCGAUGAAGGGCAGUCGGACACAUGUAGCCUCUCUGGGAGCGAAGGACUCUGCAGCCCCAAAGGCAGCCGUAAACACUUCAUGGAGGCCAUGAUGAACAGGUCCCCCCAGCCGAGGAGGAGCACGGUGACCAAAGGCUCGGUGUACUUGUCAUCCAGGACCGACAGCGACUCGGCCUCCCUGGUCUCCUCCUGCCCGGACGACAGGACCCCGGUGGCUCUGGACCCGCUGGAACACGAGUGGAUGAUGUGUGCCUUGGACGGGGAGUGGGGCAGCAUGCACCCCCUCCUCACCACGGAGCCCAGUCUGAUCCUGAGGAAGGACUUCGUCACCGGGUUCACCUGCUUGCACUGGGCGGCCAAGCGAGGCAACCCCGAGCUGAUGGCGCUGAUCUUCAAUUUUGCCAAACAGAACGACACCCCCGUCAGCGUGGACGCUCGGUCCAACGCCGGUUACACGCCUCUGCACGUCGCUGCCAUGCACAACCACAUGGAGGUGGUGAAGCUCCUGGUGGGGGCCUACAGCGCAGACGUGGAGGUCAGAGACUACAGCGGGAGGAAGGCCUGCCAGUAUCUCACUGACAGUGUGAGCGUGGAUAUCCAGGACAUAAUCGGAGCAUACGAGCGCUCUGACCCGGAGGACGCGUGCCGCGGGGCCGGAGGCCGUUGGAGGUUCUCCAAGGCUCUCCAGUCCAACCUGAGGCCCCUCCGACUCUUCAACCCCAACGACGAAGGUGACUCUGUGGACGGGGAGGCCCGACCCUCACAGAAGGUCCUCAGGAGGAAGUCCUCCCUCAGCAGGAUGAAGCCCGAACUGCACAGGCUGCGCUUGAGGACAUCGCAGAUUGUCCACAGGAUGUCGUUUCGUGAGCCAGAGGAGUCGGGGGGCUCUGGGAAAGGUUCCCUUAAGUCCAGACCCAAGACCCACUUCUUUGGGUGAAGUCAAUGCAGUUACAGAGCGCAGCGUCUACAGGAAUAUGGCAGAGGAGCAUUUCUAUAUUCCACUUCCAUUACUAGGCUGGGUGUUUGGAGCUGGUUUAUUAUCAGGGGAAAGCUGAUACUCUAUUAAUAAUAUCCAGCACCUUAAAAUGUGAACAAUUGUAGUCCAAAUAAUCAACACUCAAAAAGCUAUGUGAGAUCUCUUCAAAUCCUCCUUAGUCCAAUGAUCCCAUAAGACAUUCAUAACUGUCAUAAUCAUAAAUUCAGGAAUGAUGAAUGUAUGUAAAGGUUAUAGUUUUUAUGAGAUGGUUUGAGCCUCUAAUACUGCUAGAAAAUACUUACCAAUUACAGCCUUGCGAGCUGCGAGAGGCUUGCGUAGCUUUUGAUGCUAGUCUAGAAAAAUGGGUCACAGGUGUUGGUGAGAAGCAAAAUAGUUUUUUGACCGUGAGGGUGAGCGUGAAGUGCGGACGUGGAGCGUGGAAGGAGAAGCGUGGAAUGAGAGCGAGGAGCGUGAGCGUGACAGAGUGAACGUGACUGGGUGGAAGAGGCAUGUACGAAGAUAAUUGGAUGGUGUCAUUAAAGAACAAAAUAAAGGACAAUCAAAGAAGUGGAAACGUCUCGAGGAGUAUUUAAACACGUCAAAACAAACUCAAAACACCAACCAAGAGGACCUAACUUUGAGAGGCAAACAGGGUCUCUACAACGUUAUUAGUAUAUGUUGUAUAAGUGUAGAAAGUCAUAAGGACUCAAGACAUGACAAGACAACACUCUUUUUGUUGAGGUUUUGUCAUAUAUACACACAAAUAUAAUAUAAUUAUUACUAAUUUUUCCAUCUCCAUCUCGGCAUAAAAUAAACAUUUAUUUUCUUAUCAACUAGUAAACCUACACAUUUUUAACAAUUAUAGUAUUAUUGGUAGUUCGUCAACAUGAUACCAAACUGAUCAACAAUUAUAGGCACACGCUAAUAAGAUAUAUGCUAUUUUAUUCAACAAGCAACUUAACUCAAAUAAUGAUGAUGAUGUGUGCACUAGGCAUCUCUUUCCAGCUGUCUCCAGGCUGUUGUGCACGAGCUGAGCGCCUGCUGUUCAAGUCACGCACAAUGCACUUUUGCAGCCAAGCACAUAUUGUGUUUGUGUCAUUUGAAGGGAAAAUGGGUGCAAUUUAGCAUUCGAGUCACUUUACAAAAGUUGCUCAAAGGUGCCAAAUAUAUAUUUUUAAAUGGCUAGAUUUUUUUCUAUGUGCUGUGGAAAAAACACGUUGCCAGGGUAGUCUGAAAGGUAGCUGAAUCGUCCCAGCCGUCGGAGCUCUUUGACCUACGUGUAUUGAGAUGGAGUAAUGGUUAUAACAUUGUACAACAAUUAUUACCCCAAACUAACGGUAAAACACCAGGACACAACAAUUAGUGACAGAUAAACAAUUUGUAACAAUAAGAUUUAUUGCUUUUUUAAAAUUGUAUAUGUCGUAUGACCAAUACAUUUAAAGCUUCUUUGUCUGAAAAGUUGACAUAUUUAAUAAAGGCUCAUGAAUGUG